AUGGAAAUGUUGAACUGUGUUUUUGUCUUGUCUAUAUGGGUGGAUGAGCUAGGGAAUAUGUUGUGAAACUGUUUUUUUUUAUUGUAGUCAGUUUGUGUUGAUCAACAGGUUGCAUUUGCCCCUCUAGAGUAAGCAUGUUGGUAUGUGGCAUCUGAUGUGGGCUGAGACCAUGCAUUAGUACUGUUUUAACACAAAGGACACAUUAAGUUGUGGCCUAUACCAGAAAAAAAGCACUUGACCUUCAAUAUGUUCACUCCCAAUCCACCAUGGCUGCCAUAUAUCAACAAACAUAUUUUCCAGAUACUCAUCAAGUGUAUUAAGCCCUGAAUAAGCAUUUGGCAGCAAACAGCUUUAUGUGUUGUCAUAUUGAAUGCUGAUAUAUCAUAAAACACUGCAGUAACUGCUCGGGAAUGAAAAUAGCCUAGACGGGAAAAUGUAUAUUGAGACUAAUUGUGCGUUAAUUUAUUGGACAGGCGCGCCUAAAAUCAUUAGUCUAUAAAUGUAGAAUAUUUCCAUACAUUUCACGAGUCAUUUAAGCUCUCCGAAACAGUGCAUGCUUUAAUUUCACGCAGCUCACUGUCGCAGCAGGACAUAAAACGGAUUGUGUGCGUGUGACUAGGCUACUAUUUUCCCCUAACCGACCGCCUUCUAGCAUCCCAGCGAAUACCAGGGAGACUGGCUGGCUGCAUUUCAUUUGGCCACUGGUGUGGUGGCAGUUUGAAAAGUUGCACUCUGCUAUCACUCAGUCGGGACGGAGUUGUUUUCUCUGCCGUUUGUGAAGUGAUGCUUGCUUUGCGUCAGCCCAGCACUGCCGUCCCCGUUUCGCCUUCUGUGGGUAUCUUCAUGUAGUGGAAUUAUCAUUGUUCCGAACGGCAGACUCCCUCACAUGAAGAGCCCUCACUACGCUCAGGACCAGGAAGUAUCACAAGAGGCCAACCAGGAAGCACAGUGCCCCUUCAACUUUGACCCCUAAACAGACCCUCUGUUUUUCUCAGACGGUAGCCUUUUAUAAAGCCCUGUUUACGCCACUGGAGCUGUGGAUAAGGAGAGGCUCUUGAGGAGUGGCCUGUGGUGGAUGGUUCUUGAGAGGCCCCGGACGACAGAACAGACAAGAACGACGUGAGACAUUCCACGAGGAACGAGGGGAUCGAGUCAGACGGGGGGAGAGAGAGAGAGAGAGAGAGAGAGAGAGAGAGAUAGAGAGAAGAUAGCAAAAAAGGAGGGCCGGAGACAAGGUGUGAAAGACAGCGGACAAGUGGCAAAUUCCCCAAGGCUGAAGUCAACACACACGCACAGGCGCCCAGAAACACAGAACAGGGGCUACCGCAGAGCGAGCUCCGACUCUAGAGACACACACUCACACACACACACACACACCUCAACACAGGCUCGCUCUGGGGGAUUUAGUCCAGAUGUGGAGAUAAACCAGACAGGAGUGUACCACCGUCCAAAAUACUUUUCUUUUUAUAUCCCCGCUGACCUCCAUAUCCUGGAUAUUAUAUUAUUUCGCUUUAAUUAUUUUUUGUAUUGAUUACAUUUUUCGCCAGCCCCUCUGCCUACGACUUCCAGUAACCAUGACAUGGUGGUUGAGCUGUAGGGAGUUGUGGACGGUUUAGCGCCAGUAAGACUUGAGUGUUUGGAUCGCAGACGACGGGACUUGUUGGGGCCGGCGACACACAGCAGUACUAGUGGUGGUGGUGGGUGUGUUGCUGCAGCCAUCAUGUCGUGGAAAAGGAACUACUUUGCCUCGGGCAGCAGUGGCCUUCAGGGCAUCUUUACGCCGCGCACCAUGACCUCCAUCGCCCCCAGCAAGGGGCUCAUCAACGAGCCGGGACAGAACAGCUGCUUCCUCAACAGCGCACUGCAGGUGUUGUGGCAUCUGGACAUAUUCCGCCGGAGCUUCAGACAGCUGACGUCCCACAAGUGCAUGGAGGAUUCCUGCAUCUUCUGUGCCCUCAAGAGCAUCUUUGCCCAGUUCCAGUUCAGCAGUGAGAAGGUGUUGCCGUCGGAUGCGUUGCGUAGUGCGCUGGCCAAGACCUUCCAGGACGAGCAGCGCUUCCAGCUGGGCAUCAUGGAUGACGCGGCAGAGUGCUUCGAGAACAUCCUGAUGCGUAUCCACUUCCACAUUUCCAAUGAGACCAAGGAGGACAUCUGCACAGCAAAGCACUGCAUACCACACCAGAAGUUCGCCAUGACGCUCUUCGAACAGUGUGUGUGCAGUAGCUGUGGAGCGUCAUCAGACCCCCUGUCCUUCAUCCAGAUGGUUCACUACAUCUCCACUACCUCUCUCUGUAACCAGGCGGUGCGUAUGUUGGAGUGUCGUGAGAAGCCCACGCCCGACAUGUUUGGAGAGCUACUGAGAAACGCCAGCACCAUGGGAGACCUACGCAACUGCCCUGGUAACUGUGGUGAGAAGCUGCGUAUCCGGCGUGUCCUGAUGAACUCCCCCGAGAUCAUCACCAUCGGCCUGGUGUGGGACUCGGACCACUCGGACCUGGCAGAGGACGUCAUACACAGCCUGGGGACAAUACUGAGGCUGGGGGAUUUGUUCUACCGGGUGACGGAGGACAAGGCUAAGCAGUCGGAGCUCUAUCUGGUGGGCAUGGUCUGCUACUACGGCAAGCACUACUCCACCUUCUUCUUCCAGACCAAGAUCCGCAAGUGGAUGUACUUCGACGACGCCCACGUCAAGGAGAUUGGGCCUAAGUGGAAGGAUGUGGUCUCUCGGUGUAUAAAGGGCCACUACCAGCCGCUGCUGCUGCUCUAUGCUGACCCCCGGGGGACGCCGGUGGUAGCACAGGACCAGGGCUCGCGCCUCGACCUGCACUACAUCAACAAGGCCCACUACGACAGCGAGGACUCGGGCCGGGAGCCCUCCAUCUCCAGCGACACGCGUACAGACUCGUCCACAGACAGCUACAGCUACCUGCACUCCCACUCGCACCAUGAGUCCAUGGCCAGCCACUUCUCCUCCGACUCCCAGGGCACCGUCAUCUGCAAUCCGGACAACAACGACAACGCAUCGCACAGCAGCCUGGAGAACACAGGCCCAGUAACGGACAGCGAGCCCCUGUCACGCCACCCCUUCAGGAAGUCUGGGCAGACGGACAAGAAAGGCGGGACUUCAGACAGGAAGAGGAGCACAAGUCGACCGCGGCGCUUUGACGACCGUAGCCGAGGCUCGCGUAACGACGAGGUGUCAUCGGCCGGUUACCACAGCGAAGGUGAGACUCUAAAAGAGCAGCAGGCUCCUCGCGCCGCCCCCAAGCCCUCGUCUGGCAGCCGGCUGCGGGACUUUAAAGAGACGAUGAGCAACAUCAUCCACAGCCGGCCGCUCUCCUCCUCCACCUCCAUCAUCAACACGGCCAGCGGCAGCAUAGGCGGCAGCAGCAGCAGCGGCGGCGGGGUUGGUACCAGUGGAGGCAUUAUGGGUGUCAACGGGUCGGAGCCGGGCGCCCAGGGCUCCUGCGACUGGGAGGCGGACAGCACCAGCAGCGAGUCCAAGUCCAGCUCCACGUCGGGGGGCGGCAGCGGAAGCGGUCGGUACCGGCCCGCCUGGAGGCCGCGGAGAGAGGCCCUGAACAUCGACAGCAUCUUCAGCCGGGAGAGGAGGCGGCAGGCCGGGUACAGCCCGCUCAACGCCGGGCCCCUCCACGAGGACGGAGGAGGAUCGCCCGGCGCGCAGCAGCAGCAGCAGCACGAAAGCCAACACCACAACGCCAACACCACCACCACAGCCACCACGGCAACCAUCACCACGGCAUCCACCAACAACAACAACGCAGCGGCGCAGUCAUCCACGGCAGCCGGCCAGCUCAACAUCCCGCCCACAGCCACGGGGACAGCGCCCCCUUCUCUGGGGACGGGGACAGGGCUGCGCAGCAGCAACAGGUGGCUGGAGCAGCAGCAUCAUCAGCAGCAUCAGCAGCAGGCGCGCCUGAUCCAGAGGAUGGAGAGCGGAUACGAGAGCAGCGAGAGGAACAGCAACAGUCCUGUCAGCCUGGACUUACCCCUCGUGGACACGCUCAACACCACACACACACACAGGGACGGCGGUGUGAAGAAGCCCUCGGCCCCUAACGUUGGUCCGUCCUGGCGGAGCGUGCCAAAGUCCAAGAGCAGCAGCGCCCUCCUGCAGGAUGCCACAGCCGCCACUAAAGGCAGCAACACGCAGAACAGCCAGGGUGUGAGUGAGGGCCGCAGUGAGCUGGACGAGCUCCAGGAGGAGGUGGCGAGGAGAGCCAAGGAGCAGGAGCAGCAGCGGAGGAAGGAGAAGGAGAGGGAGGCCGCCAUGGGCUUCAACCCCCGGCCCAGCAAGUUCAUGGACCUGGACCAGCUGCAGAGCCAGGGGAAGGCGGACGGCUUUGAGCGGUGUGUGUCCGAGGCGGACGCCCUGCUAGACCAGUCUCUUCGGCUGGAGCAGGCCGGGGAGGUGGCCGCCGCACUCUCUGUAGUUAACGAAGCCGUGUCUAAGCUCAGGCAUCCCAUGCAUGGGGGCGGUAACAAUGGCACUAACGGCAGUGGCGCUAGGGCUGCGUCUGCUGCGCCUGCGUCUGCGGCCUGCGAGGCGCGACUGCACCGGUGCAUGAGGAGAGCACGGGGCCUGCAGUCACGCAUGCAGCAGGAGGUGCAACAACAACAAGAGGAGGAGGAGAAGGAGGAGAGGACAGGAAGACGAGAGGAGGAGGAGGAAGAGGAGAAGGAGGAGGCGGAGAAGGAGAGACCACAGCAGCAGACACACAGUGAAGAGUCUGGCCCGGUCCGAAUUCUUCUGACAGCGGCCUCUGAAGAGGAGCGCCUCGUGCUGACCCGGCAGGAUUCCCUCCCCAGGCCCAGCAGAACCACCGACACCAGAACCAGCGCCCCUAGCACCCCCAGCACCCCCGUCCCCGUCACCAGCCCCACACACCCCGUAAACCCACACACCACCGCCACCAUCAUCAACAACAGCACCAUCAGUACCCCCGCUGCUAUAAUGCCUGCCGCUCAGGUCUUGCCCCCCUCCUCCACCCCCACGAGCCUGCACCCCCCCUCUGCAACACCCCCUUCCCGCCCUGUGCCAACAUCUUGCAUCGUGGGUAUCGUGGCAGACGGUGGCGUCCCCCGCCCCGUGGUGAUGGUGGGCAGCACUUCCCCCGAGGGCCCCCGGUGGGACGGGGUUGGCGCGUCGAGUGCGAGUGACAAGCGCAGCGGCCAGCCGACAAGCCUCUCGCCUGCCGGGCUGCUCCAGUCGCCCAAUCAGCCACCAGUGUCCCCUGCGUACUGGAACGGCCACACCCCUCCCGCUCAUGGCCAAUCACAUGGCAGCAUGCAUCCACCACCGCGCGCACGUAGCCCAUCACCGGCCCGCCCCUGCCCACAAGACCCUGCGUUGUUGCCCGGACGACACUCUUCAUCCUCUUCCACCACCCACUCUUACCCUCUGCCCAAUGGGGUGCCUUCCAGCGAGCCUAAGACCCACCUCCAUCCACCUUCUCCGGGCCCGGUAGCCAAUCACAGCAGCGGCAGGUGUGGGGCGGCUCAAUCAGGCGGCACUCUGGCGCACGACCCGCCCCACCUCCAGGUCCCCCACCUCGCGGAGUUGUCCGGCUCCCCUGCUGUAGGUCCAUGUCCCCAGCAGGUGGCCCGCUCCUCCCCCUCCCCACCUCCGGAGGCCUGGGCUGGGGCGCGCAUGCCCGUGGAGCGCUGGGCCGAGAACGUCAACCGCUACUACAACUCCCAGACUGCCUUGCAGGCCCCCGAGCCCUCCUCCCCAGCCAACGAGGAGCUGUCUGAGUUGGAGACGCUGUACCAGGCCAGCCUGCAGGCCCCCUCGCUGCCACGCUACCCCCGCGGACUCAGCCCCCAGCCCCCACCCAGACCAGGCUCUGCGGCCAGGAAGCUCCUGCACAGUGGAACUCUGGGCCGCUCCAAAACCCCCACUGCAGAGAUCGAGAGGCACGCCUACAGAACACCCGGCUACACCAGCACCCCACAGACACACACCAAGCCGGUGUGUGUGGUGGAGCGUGAGGGGUUGGUGGAGAAUGAUGAGUCGUACAGUGCGGACAACUUGCGUCGCCUGGCCCGCAGUAUGAGUGGCACCGCCAUCGCCGGACGAGCUGACACACUACCAUCUUCACGAAGCUUUGACACCUCUAUCACCGGGAUGCCAAAGCAUGCAGGUGCGCGGGUCAUCACGCGUCAACAUAGCUCCUCCUCCUCCUCCCCACACCACUUCGUCCUCCCUCACCACAACCCCCACCUCCACUCCCAAACCCUGCCACACCCCAACCACCUCCAUCACUCCCACCCUCUCCCCAAUCCUCACACCCAUACCCAUACCCUCCCCCACCCCCAUCACCAUCACCAUCACGUGCCCCCAUCACACCCAAACCAGCAGCCGUCUCGGGGACUCCCAGGAGAUGCCCAGAAGUGCCACCCCUUUCUGGCUGUGUUUGACCGGAGUGAAGCUGCCCAGCGCGACCCCUACCACAACGCCACCAUGAGCUACGGCACGCUCCCGCGGGCACCUCGACGGCCACCUCCUCAGGGGUCCUCGCAAGAGCCCCCCCCAUUCCUCUCCUCCUCCCUCCCCAGGGCCAUGAACGCCCCCCCGGCCCCCGCCCCCCUGGGCCCAGGCCCUGCGGCUCGGCACUGGGGGCCUGUGGACUCCGGCUACGCCACCCUGGCACACACCCGCCGAGGUGGCUCCGCCGCGCCCCAUGACCGGCCCAUUGACGCACCCUACAGGCGAGAAGCAGUACCACCACCAACACAUCCACAGGGGGCCCAGCACCACGCGCUCCGCAUCCCACAUACGCAAGCCCCGGCCCCGAUGCGUCGUCUGGACGUGCCCCCGGAGGGAGACUGGAGGACCCAGAGCCAGGUACACAUGGGCAGCAUGGUGGGGGGUGGCGGUGGUGGCCAGACCCUGCCCAGGUCAGAGUCCCGCCAGAGGCUACCGGCCAGGAGCCCUGCUGGCCCGACUCCGCUGUGUAUACUGUGCCAGCGCGCCAGCGCAGACCCCUUGAGUGCCUACUGCCGCUCCUGUGGGGCACACGUGACCCGCUACUGCACCGCCAGCUGAACCCGGAUGGGAAGCAACCAGGACCGGACUGGAUUGGACUUGGCCACGCCAGAAUGGAACUGACUGGACUUGAGAAGAAGCGGAUGGGAUUGGAUCGGCCCUGCCGCUCAGUCUCUAGUACCUGCAGUUUGCUGCCUCUUUGACACACAUGCAUGCUGCUUUGCUCUCAUCGCCAAACACCGCUGCCAAUGCAGAGCAUCACACCAAGUCCCUGAGAUACACCAAGUCGCAGAAUCAGUGUAAUAUGGAGCUACAGUUGAUGAAAAAGCAUAUUUAGCUUCAUUCCUCAUUCUCUCUCUCUCUCUCUCUCUCUCUCUCUCUCUCUCUCUCUCUCUCUCUCUCUCUCUCUCUCUCUCUCUCUCUCUCUCUCGUUCUCUCUCUCUCCUCUUUAAAACCUCCUGACAUUUUCUUCACAAGGUUGUGUGGAAGGAUGUAUUAACAGUAUGGGUGAUGGAAAUUUACAGAAGGCUGGAGGAGAUUUGCAGUACAAACAAGACUUCAACCCUGUUCUCCUAAUACCCUCCUCACAGUGCCAUCUCCUCUCUCCUCCACUCCUCCACUCCUUAAGCACACGGCCUCUGGACUGGCCUGUGCAUUCUUCCCCACACCACCAGGUGCACGGGCUGGGAAUGACCUCUGGUUCCUGCUAGUCUCAGUACGAAUCCGUAUCGUAUGCUCCUAAGUGCCCUGUCCUCUUUGAUCCAGGCACUCGUUUUUGUAGUGAGAGGAGUAGGCUCUGGAUGCAUGGAUGUUGACUUUGUUGUCCUCCCCGAGUCUGCAAUUUGUGGACUCCCAAGGCUGCUCCUCUCACCUGAGACUAUGUUGUUUUGAAGUUGGACACUAGUCAUACAUUGCUUGGCUAUGCUCACAAAAAGACUGAAAUAAAGCCAGUAACAACCAGUGAGCACCCACAAAAGAGCUUUUAUUAAAACAUAUUUGACAUUUCGGCUAUGCGCCCAGCGUACAGAUGUGCCUGUUUCAGGCCCACACAGUUUUUGAAAUAGCUCCCCGUUGUGGGAGACCCACUGGUGCCACUGGCAGGUAGCAGACGUUGCCUAUAAUAGGCCUACUGUACAUGGCCUCCUUGGCUGGAGGGAACCUGGCGCAGUCUCCUGAGGAAGAGGAGAUGCCACAUGGGUGGAUGAGAAAGCAGGCCCAGGAGCCUGUCAUUGGCUAACACAGGUCACCUGACCUCAUGUUCUAGAACAGGGUCACCUGACCUCACGUUCUAACCAAGAGCUCACCAACGAGACAUUUCUUUAUUUUCACGUUCUGAGCUCAGUCUGUGUCUUUUUCCUUUUGUUUUUCUGAGGCAAUGAGAAGCACACAACACUACACAACACACUCCCUUUCACACACAAACCAAUCAUUUUAUUUAUAACCCACAGUAUAACAAUAUAAUUAGCAAUUAUUUACUAUUUAAUCCCAGCUGUUCGUUGUAUGAUUAAGGCUAUGAAUGCUUCAUCGUCUCAAACAGAGGAAUUUUAAAAAAUGAAAGUAUUUCACAGCUAUCUUACUAACCUGUUAUUAUUACACUAUUAUUAAUAGCUUUCUGGACUUUUCUGGAUCUUUGGUAAAUCUAUAUACUAGCAUUGCGUGGUCGUUGUUCUGAUCCGGUAAAGGGCUUUUCAACCAUGUGUGUCAUGUCAUGGUUGCUGUGCAGAAAAACGACUGACGUUGAUUACCAAUAGGUUAUGUUGAUAAUAUUUUUUUAAAAGUUGUUUAUUUUAGUGCAGUGAAAUGGACAUAACAGUGUUAACACCAGUUUUUAGUGCACUUUAGAAGUGCAGUUCUAGAAUACUGAUCUUGAAAAAAAAAAUGAAUUCGCUCUUCUCCUAAUGUUCUGGGAGAAUUGUUUUUUUGGUGAAAUAUUUAUAUUUUGUACAUUUAGAAGGUGAAGAUGUUUAAGGCACCGUUGUGUUAGAGGCACAGAUACUCGCAACUCCAUAGGCCACGCUUUUCAGUAACUAUUUCAGACAAAGUGGCAAACCUGCAUGUUGAAAUGGGACCUUUUGUCUUCAACACAGGACUGUAAGACUUGACGGAAAUAUUUGGGGUCGUUUUCAAGAGACGCAAGGGCUUGGGUGUAGGGAAAAUUACUAUUAUUUAUUUUUCCGUUACCAUCUCCAACAGUUUCAAUCUAAUAUUUGCUUUCACUGUUAUGCCAAGAAUUCUGCUUGUGAUUUUUGCCAUUUUCACCCCUAAGGGAUCUUUGGUUUUGAAUGCACCCAGAACAGAUUACUGAACAUUAUUGAAUAUUCACUCCUGAAAAAGUCUGCCUGUUUUUGUGGUAGGCUGGUUACACAGUGGGUCGCAGUUUGAUUUAUUUACAGCUCCACACUUGAUGUUUAUGUUGUAAUGUUCAAGUUUAAGUUUUUUUUGCUUUUUGCAUACAUGACAUUUAAUGUAAAGCCUUAUUGAAUUGAUUUGUUUUCUAAUAUAAGCAUUGCAUUGCUUAAAAUGAAGGAAUGAAAAAAAAAGUUUUUAUUUUGA